GUGACCGUUGCAGUCACGAAAAUUUAAACUCACAAGCAAAACACAUUUCAGAAGAUCACAGGGAAGAAUAACAGAGUUAAAGAUGACAGAAAUGGAAGAUCAUCUGGAGAUGGAAGAAGAGUUGAUGCAGCAGCUGAGAUCCAACGCCACAGAGCUCCUCCUCAGAGAAGAGUGGGAAGAGUCUGUGCAGGCAUAUUCUCAGUUCAUCUCUCUCUGCCAACGCCAGAUCUCAAAGACCCAUCAACACUCUGAUACAGAUCCCCUCUCCAAACUCCACAAAUCUCUCCGCUUAGCCCUCUCCAAUCGAGCCGAAGCGUGGUCUCGGCUCCGGGAAUUCUCCGAAGCACUGAGAGACUGCGAGCAGGCACUGACAAUUGAGAGCACCCAUUUCAAAACUUUGCUCUGCAAAGGUAAGAUCUUGCUCAAUCUCAACAGGUACUCCAUGGCUCUGGACUGCUUCAAAGCAGCCCUUCUUGAUCCGCAGGCUAAUGCAAGCUCAGAAGCCCUUAAUGGGUACUUGGAUAGAUGCAAAAAGCUUGAGUUUCAGGCCAGGACUGGAGCUUUUGAUCUCUCGGAUUGGGUUGCAAAUGGGUUUCAGGGAAAGUCUCCGGAACUCGCAGAGUAUGUAGGUGGAGUUCAGAUCAAGAAGAGUGCCAUUAGUGGGCGUGGUCUGUUUGCAACAAAGACCAUUGAUGCCGGGACUUUGGUCUUAGCGACGAAGGCAAUUGCUAUUGAGAGGGCUAUAUUACCCCAAGAAAUGGGUGAUUCAGGUAAUAAUGUGCAGCUUGUCAUGUGGAAGAAUUUCUUUGAUAAAGUCACAGAAUCAGCCGCAAAAUGCCACCGGGCCCGUCAUUUGAUUUGUGUGUUAUCGACAGGAGAAGAUGAGGAUGGCCUAGAGGUUCCUGAUAUAAGUCUCUUCAGGCCAGAAACAGAGGAAAGCAGGGACUUUUCACAUGAGAAGCUUGACAGGGAUAGGAUUUUAAGCAUAUUGGAUGUGAAUUCUCUUGUGGAGGAUGCAGUUUCUGCCAAAGUAUUGGGCAAAAACAGUGAUUAUUAUGGUGUUGGGCUGUGGAUUCUCCCUGCCUUCAUCAACCAUUCAUGUCUUCCCAAUGCAAGGAGGUUGCAUGUUGGGGACCAUGUGAUGGUUCAAGCUUCUAGGGACAUUAAAGCAGGGGAAGAGAUCACAUUCGCAUAUUUUGAUGUACUUUCCCCAGUUAAGAAGCGGCGCGAAAUGACCAACAACUGGGGGUUUCAAUGUAAUUGCAGGAGGUGCAUGUUUGAGAUGGAGAUAUCUUCCAAAUCAGAUUUAAGGGAGAUUGAGUUAGGUAUUGAGAGAGGGCUAGACAUUGGUUCAGCAGUUUAUAGGCUGGAGGAAGGUAUGAGGAGAUGGAUGGUGAGGAAAAGGGAAAAGGGCUAUUUGAGGGCAUCUUUUUGGGCUGCAUUUUCUGAGGUUUACACAUCGGAGAAGAUGGUGAGGAGGUGGGGGAGACGGGUUCCAGCCAUGGAGGUCGUGGUCGAUAGUGUUGUAGAAGCAGUGGGAAGUGAUGAGAGGCUGCUGAAGGUGGUGGUGGAAGGGUUGAGGAGAAGGGGUGGUGGGUUGGUGGAGAUGGAGAGAGCAAUCAAGUUGGGAAGAGGGGUGUAUGGCAAGCUGGUGAAGAAGCAGGCAAUGAAGACCCUUCUUGAGAUUGGCCUUCAUGAACACAGCUAUUAACCUCUAAUAGCUCUACGAUGAAAGCUCUCUUUCCUUUUUCCUUUUUAUCCCCAAGAUAGAUUUAGCUGGUUCAAAGUUUUUUUAUCUGUCACUUUUGUUGUAUCCACAGAUAAAUGUGCAAAUAAAGUCAUUGUUUUGGAUUAUUAGGAGAAA